AUGCGCUUGCCUGGAAGGGGUGCGUCCCCGCUGUGCGCGCAGUCCGUGCCUACCCUGCCAAAGCGGUUAAGUGGGGGAGAGCAGCAGCCAGGCUGGCAGAUUCCUGCCCUGUGAUAUGCCAGCCACAGGGUGACGCAAGGGCUGGAAGGCUCCAACUGAACAAGCCAUUUUCACCUGCGUAAUACGCGCUAGUGGAGAUACGGCAACAGCAGCGGCGGCUCCGAGUCCCGCAGCCGGCCAGACCCAGCGCGGCCGCGCAGCAGCCAGCCCUCGGCGGCCACUUUCGGUGGCUCCCGCCGCAGCCCGAGAGCCGGAGCCAGCGGCCGCCUGGCAGCAGCAUGUCAGCCCCGCCGGACCCCCAGGACCUGCUGCUGGCGGGCACCGCGGAGCGCUGGGCUGCGGCCGGGGCGGAGCAGUACGCGGCCGGGGCUGCGCUGCGGGAUGGAGACGGGGCUCGGCAGCGGGAGCGGCUGGCGUUCGGCUCCGCCGGGGAGCACCAGCCCGUCGCCAUGGCGACCGCAUCCCCAGGUGUCACGGCCUCAUCACACCUCUUUGACUAUGGCUCCAGCUCAGCCAAUGGGGCCGACAGCUCCUUCUACACCUCCCUGAUCUCAGAUGUUCACUACACCACUCCCCGGGACAACACCUACUUCACGGGCAUUUACCAGCAGGAGAACAGCCCCAUCCCCUGCUCAGGCAGCACGGAAGGCUUUAAUGCACUGGGGCAUCCCGUUCAAGAUGUGACUGGAUUUGAGUCCCGUGGCUUGUUCAGCUUGGAUUCGGGAAUUGAGAUGACACCUGCAGAGUCUGCUGAGGUUGACAAAACAUUAGCGGAUCCCAUGAAAGUGGAAGGUUAUAAAUACAUGGACAUAAGUAGACCAGAAGAAAUAAAGUACCAAGAAAAACACGAUCCAGACUUGGAAGAUGAGAGCCCAGACCUUAUCGAUGAGUACCGAGGAACACCCAUCGGAUCUGGCCGUGCUGCUGAACCUGAGAGGACAACAGUAUCAGAGGCCACAAAGGUUCCCAAAGAGCAAGACCCACUUGAAGACAAAAGAUUUAGCGACCAGCACAGCACCUCUGUGGUGACAGCCCCUGUCAAGAUCACACUCACUGAGACCCCUGGGGCCAGAGAGGCCACCAGCAAAGAGGCGAGUCUCAUGCAGCCCAAAUCUGGCCUGAAGCCGAGCCACGAGGUGGUACCAACAGUGACAGUAUCAGAGCCAGAAGAUGACAGCCCAGGCUCUGUCACACCACCAUCCUCUGGCACAGAACCGUCAGGCUCAGAAUCACAGGGCAAAGGCAGCCUGUCAGAGGACGAGCUCAUCAGUGCCAUUAAGGAAGCAAAAGGCUUCUCCUUCGAGACCUCCGAGGUGCAGCAGUCACCAGCCGUUUCUGCAGAGAAACAAGAGCAGAAGAUGAAGCCUGGGCACCCUGCUGUUCCCUCACCUCUGGAUAACGAGGCCAGCAGUGCCGAGUCUGGGGACUCAGAGAUCGAACUGGUUUCAGAGGACCCGCUGGCUGCCGAGGAGGUGCUGCACUCCAACUACAUGACCUUCAGCCACAUCGGAGGGCCCCCUCCCUCACCUGCCUCCCCAUCCAUCCAGUACAGCAUCCUGCGGGAGGAGCGGGAGGCUGAGCUCGAUAGCGAGCUCAUAAUUGAAUCCUGCGAUGCCUCAUCGGCCUCUGAAGAGAGCCCGAAGAGGGAGCAGGACUCCCCUCUCAUGAAGCCCAUGGUAAUGGACAUUAUCAAGGAAGAGAAUAGCUCACGUGCCAGCGCCUUGGACUAUGAAGCUAGUAAAACAACGGAGAGCAGGAUGAACAGGGAGAACCUGGCAGACUCUGCAUCCUACCUGAAAUGCUCUUUUGUUGCCCCGAAAGUAAGCUCUGAGCCUCCAACAUCUGCUGUCAGCACUGAGGAGCUGAAGGAAAGAAUAAUCCUGAAGAAACCCAUUGAAGAAACUGUUGUUAACCAAAGUAAAGUGUCUUCCAAGGACUCUGGGAAAAGAAGCCCCUUGGCUUUGCCUCUACUGCCGUUUUUAAAUAAGCAGAAAGCUAUCAACCUGUUGUACUGGCGCGACAUCAAGCAGACAGGGAUCGUGUUUGGCAGCCUCCUCUUGCUGCUCUUCUCCCUGACCCAGUUCAGCGUCGUCAGUGUUGUGGCCUACCUGGCCCUCGCCGGCCUCUCGGCCACCAUUAGCUUCAGAAUCUACAAAUCAGUCCUACAGGCCGUGCAGAAGACUGACGAGGGCCAUCCCUUCAAAGCCUACUUGGAUAUGGAAAUGAAUCUCUCACAGGACCAGAUUCAGAAAUACACAGAUUGUCUCCAGCUAUACGUCAACAGCACAGUCAAAGAGCUGAGGAGGCUCUUUCUCGUUCAGGACCUUGUGGAUUCUUUAAAAUUUGCAGUACUAAUGUGGCUGCUGACUUACGUGGGAGCCCUCUUCAAUGGCCUGACUCUUCUGAUAAUGGCUGUGGUGUCUAUGUUUACUCUCCCUGUUGUAUAUGACAAGUAUCAGGCACAGAUUGAUCAAUACUUGGGACUCGUGCGGACCCACAUAAACACUGUUGUGGCAAAGAUUCAGGCUAAAAUCCCAGGUGCUAAGAGAAAGGCAGAGUAAAGCAGACAUCAAGAAUCCAUCGACUACAGUAAUGAAUAACGGGGGAAUCUGGAGUGAAACAGCUCUGUUCUUACACUUUACUGCAAAUUUAUCCUUCUUUUAUUUCUCUACACCAUGAUAUUAGAAACGUGAAACUCAGAAGCAGUGCUUUUCCCCUGCUGCUUCUGCACUUAGAAUAUUUGCAAUCACUUGUGUCAAGCACUAAAGUAUAGCAAAGAGAAAAGUGUACUAGAUGUGGUUUUUUGUGUUGCUUAUAAAGUGCAUGAUGGUGAGCGCCUAAAUAAUAUUGACCUUUUUUAUUUUAUUUUUUUAGUGUUUUUCCUUCUUCUAUUGGCAUUGCUUCUAUAACUUUCAAUGUUACAUGUGGCUAGGGGCUUUCCUGCUUAGCGCACUGAUGCAAUAGUUAAAAUUGCUUCUACGUCACUGGGUUGCUGGUUGGAUUCAUCUUUAUUAACUAUAUAGAUUGUAGACUGAUGUUUUAGUGUUUUCCAGCACAAAUAAAAUAAACAGUAAUCGGUACUUAUGGUAAUCAGUUUUGUAUAACUCCAAAAAUACACAAACAAAACCCAGUACUUUUGUCGUAAGGGAUUGACAGGCUGAUUUACAUGUAUGGCAACUGGAAAGUUCCAGCUUGUUAAAUUUAUUACAAUUUGUAUUACAUUCUCUGUAGUUCCUAAUGGACUUAAUUAUGGACUCUGAAUAUUUGCACUUAUGUACUUGAUACCGAAUGCAGAAAUAAAUGUUACUAAAUGUAAAAAGUC